AUGUCUAAACCAACAGAAAGACGCCUUGAUCUUCACACAUCAACCUUAGCGGGGUUGACCUAUUCACAACAGUCGGAACUUUUAAAGGCUUAUAAAGGGGAUUUGUCUCAACUCUCUGCAGUCUUCCCGCAGUUCUCUAUGGACGAGAUUGAACGCGAGUACCAAAUGAACAGCAGAAACGUCGACAUGACCAUCACAGCACUCUUGUGUAAGCCUAUCGUUCUCAAUCCUAAACAGAACUUCCCUCCUCCUACACUCGAGAGCGCUGAAGAAAAGAAAAAGCUGUCAACCACUGUCACACGUAUGGCCAACCUGAAACCAAUUUUCAUUGAACCUACCCCAAAUACAGUUGAAAAGAAUACGUAUGGUGUGUCUCAGGCUGCACUCGAUGAAGCGCUUAAACGAAUUAAAAUGUCAUGUGUGGAUGAAGUUAUCGUGAAGAAUGAUGAAGUUGCCGAAAAAGAAGAAGAUGUUAAAGCCGAUUCUCUUAGUGUCAACGUUCCAGACAUUAUACUUGAAGAGAAAGAAGAAGUUAAAGAAGUGGUUGAGAAGCCCGAAAUUGUUGAACCUACUUCCGUCGAAGGGAAGGACGAUCAAAUUGAAAAUGUGGCUGUUGUUGACAUCAAAGAAAGAGAGGAAACCAACGAAAUUGUUUUCACAUUCCACAUUAACCCCGAAGAACGAUUCUCAAAUGGCAAGGUGUGUGUUGUGGAUUACUACGACAACUCGUUAGUAAAAUUGGAGAAGGAGUUUGGGAUGGCAACGAUAUUUGAAAUCAAAAUGAAGAAGAUGAGUGGGUUGUAUCGUAUUCAAUACAUUGUUGGUGACUUAGUCACCGUGUUACGCGACUUCUCGGUCGAUCCAGUCAAAAUGCAGCUCAGCGUCGAGUCCGAUUUUUAUAACAUUUCCUUCUCAGGCCCAAGCGACGAGGUUUUGUCAAGAGUCUCCUGGGUCGGUGUGUUCCCAUUAUAUGGAGACAAGAAGAACAACUACAUCACUUAUGCCAACACAAAAGGAAUGAAAGUUGGAUCAACCGUUCAAAUUAAAAUAGGAAAGGAAGCUGGAGGGUUCAUAUGUAGAGCUUUUGCACAGGAAAAUUCGUCUGGAGGAUUCAUUGGAUUUGGAAAAUCUUAUUUCACUGUUGGAGAUUCCAACGAAGUUUUAGUCACAAAGGCUAAUUGA